AUGAUUGAAUUGAACAUUUCAUCUUUUCUUUAUAAUAUCAAUCGUUAUUCAAAAACAAAUUUUGAUUGUUUUUAUGCUCAUAUCAUUGAUGAUCUUAAUCAAAACGACGGAACAUUUAUUCGUACAAAUUAUUUUACUUCCUAUUGCCAACGUCCACUAUUAAAUGAAUCUAUGAAUGAAGAUUUAACAUGGAAAGAAGGAUAUGUGAAAAAUAGAAUAAAUUUUUCAAGUUUACGUUCUCAAGGCAUUACUAGUGAACAAUUACUUGAAUGGUCAAUAUCAAUCGAUAUAACUGAAGAAUAUGCUAUAUAUUUGAUUGAAAAUGAUCCAAAACUGGGUGAAAUUAUUUUUUUAAAUUGUUCAUCAUUAUGGUUUGGUUCUCAUUGUCAAUAUAAAUUUGGUUCAAAUAUUGAAAUUGAAUCAUUUGGUGAUUUUCUAGUUUCUUCAUUUAAUAAUCGACAGAAAUAUUCUUAUGAACUUACAAUAAAUACUUGUUAUCCACAUUUAUCUGGAUGUUUCCGUAGUCCUAAACCAAUGUAUUUAGAUUGGCGUGAAAUAUGUAAUGGAAUAAUUGAUUGUAUUGGAGAUAAUUUUGGUAUAGAUGAAAAAUAUUGUCAUGAACUUGAAAUGAAUGAAUGUAAAGAAGAUGAAUAUCGAUGUCACAAUGGAGCUCAAUGUAUACCAUUAGACUUUUUUCGAGAUGGUUGGGCAAGUAAAGAUUGUUUAGAUGGAACAGAUGAAGAAGAAACUUUCAUAAACAAUCCGGAAUUUAAUAAUGUCAGUAAAUUAAAUUGUAUAAAAAUGUUAACAUUUCCUUGUGAAGAACGUAGUUGUUGUUAUCCACGAUCAUUUCCAUGUGGUGAUGGGGAAUGUCUGAAUUUUGUACUGAAUAAUGAUCAUUUUAAGGGAGUUUUGUGUUCCGGUACAGGACGUAAUAUCAAUUAUGCUUACAGUAUUUAUAAGACUCUCAAUCAUCUUCCGGAUGAUUGUCAGAAAUUAAUACUUCACAAAUUCGUUAUCUAUUCAUCUAAAAGUUUGAUCAAUGAUUCGAUUCGUAAUGCACCACCGGAUUAUGUCUGGAAUGAUCCACGACAAUGUUUACAUUUACCAAAAGCAACAAUUCAAAUAGGAGGUUUAGAUUGUCGACCAUUUAAUCAAGUCGUUGAAGAAUCUUAUAUUAUGGAUUUGUAUGAUUUACAUUCUGUUCUUGAUUCACUUAUGGAUAUUUGUUCAUUAAUGAGAAAUAUUAAUAAAUAUACAUCGAAUUCAUCUUUAUUUUAUUGUCAAUCAUCACAAAGAUACAUUUCUAAACAUCGUCUUAUUGAUAAUAUUGUUGAUUGUUAUCAUGAAGAAGAUGAAAAAUAUCAAUAUAGUUGUUUAUUAAAUGAUACUCAACGUUUUUGA